UCCGCCCGGGCGCGUCCGGAGCUCGCGGUCGCCGCGCAGCCCCCAACCUAGCCCCUGCGCAGGCCCAGCGACCGAUGGGCUCAGAAGUUGGCAAAAGUUUUGGGAUUUCACUACCGCCACCAGGUCCGCUUGCCCACCCAGGCAGGUACUGGAGGACAGAAUACGGAGGCCAAGAGUGCUGAAUGACCUGUGUAGCCAUGAGAGGCUGAGCCAGGAUCUGAACAAAGGCAGAGUCUCUGCAGAUGCGGAUGUUGAGGCCCAGAGAAAGGGAGCAGCUCGCCUAGGGACACGGAGCAGGAGAGGUGGAGCAGGGUCUUUAGGCCAAGACCCCGGAUACUACAGCUGGUGUCUGUGCCACGCCCCCAGACUGCUCCCCAGAUCCACUGGGGUAGCCCUGCUACCUAUCAAAGGCUCUCCUCUACCUCAGGGUUUUCUGUCGCCCCCCAGCCAGGACCAUGGGCAGCAACAAGAGCAAGCCCAAGGACGCCAGCCAGCGGCGCCGCAGCCUGGAGCCUGCGGAGAACGUGCACGGGGCGGGGGGCGCCUUCCCGGCUUCACAGACACCGAGCAAGCCCGCCUCUGCUGACGGCCACCGCGGGCCCAGCGCCGCCUUCGUGCCUCCCGCGGCCGCCGAGCCCAAGCUCUUCGGAGGCUUCAACUCUUCGGACACGGUCACCUCCCCACAGAGGGCGGGGCCUCUGGCAGGUGGGGUGACCACCUUUGUGGCCCUCUAUGACUAUGAGUCACGGACAGAGACUGACCUGUCCUUCAAGAAAGGGGAGCGGCUGCAGAUUGUCAAUAACACGAGGAAGGUGGAUGUCAGAGAGGGAGACUGGUGGCUGGCACACUCGCUGAGCACGGGGCAGACCGGCUACAUCCCCAGUAACUACGUGGCGCCCUCUGAUUCCAUCCAGGCUGAAGAGUGGUACUUCGGCAAGAUUACUAGACGGGAGUCAGAGCGGUUACUGCUCAACACCGAGAACCCCAGAGGGACCUUCCUCGUGAGGGAGAGUGAGACCACAAAAGGUGCCUACUGCCUCUCCGUAUCCGACUUCGACAAUGCCAAGGGCCUAAACGUGAAACACUACAAGAUCCGGAAACUGGACAGCGGCGGGUUCUACAUCACCUCCCGCACCCAGUUCAACAGCCUGCAGCAGCUCGUGGCUUACUACUCCAAACAUGCUGAUGGCCUGUGUCACCGCCUCACUACCGUGUGUCCCACAUCCAAGCCUCAGACCCAGGGCCUGGCCAAGGAUGCGUGGGAGAUCCCCCGGGAGUCCCUGCGGCUGGAGGUCAAGCUGGGCCAGGGUUGCUUCGGAGAGGUGUGGAUGGGAACUUGGAAUGGCACCACGAGGGUUGCUAUUAAAACUCUGAAGCCAGGCACCAUGUCUCCAGAGGCCUUCCUGCAGGAGGCCCAAGUCAUGAAGAAACUGAGGCAUGAGAAGCUGGUGCAGCUGUAUGCCGUGGUGUCCGAAGAACCCAUUUACAUUGUGACAGAGUACAUGAACAAGGGGAGUCUACUGGACUUUCUCAAGGGAGAAACGGGCAAAUACUUGAGGCUACCCCAGCUGGUGGACAUGUCUGCGCAGAUCGCUUCAGGCAUGGCCUAUGUGGAGCGGAUGAACUAUGUGCACCGGGACCUCCGAGCUGCCAAUAUCCUGGUUGGGGAGAACCUGGUGUGCAAAGUGGCUGACUUUGGGCUGGCCCGGCUCAUAGAAGACAACGAAUACACAGCCCGGCAAGGUGCCAAAUUCCCCAUCAAGUGGACCGCCCCUGAAGCCGCCCUGUAUGGCAGGUUCACCAUCAAGUCGGAUGUGUGGUCCUUUGGGGUCCUACUGACAGAGCUCACCACUAAGGGAAGAGUGCCCUAUCCUGGGAUGGUGAACCGUGAGGUGCUGGAUCAGGUCGAACGGGGCUACCGGAUGCCUUGUCCCCCCGAGUGCCCCGAGUCCCUGCAUGACCUCAUGUGCCAGUGCUGGCGGAAGGAGCCCGAGGAACGGCCCACCUUCGAGUACUUGCAGGCCUUCCUGGAGGACUACUUUACGUCCACUGAGCCGCAGUACCAGCCUGGGGAGAACCUAUAGGAACUGUGUGCACAGAACUGUCACCUCUAGGAUUCUGGGUAUUGCCUCUGAUGCACCUGCCUCCCUUCAUCCUCUCUCUGGGGCUGAGUUGCCUUGGCAGUGCCCCUUCUGGAGCAUGGAAGGGCUUCAGGGACAGGGGCAGCCUGGAAGGACAGGUUGAGGCUGGUACAGUGAUUGUCCCAUGCCUGCUAUGGCACAGGCUCUCUCUGUGCAUUCUCUCUGGAGUUAGCCUGCUUCUCGCAGGACACACUGGUGAUGAGCAGAGCUGGGGGUAGGUUUCCAACCUCAACCCACUCUACUCACCUGACUCCUCCCCACUUUUUUCACCCUGAGUCUGUUUCAAGCUGGUCAGAGAGCCUUUCCAAAGAGGAAUGAGGCCCAGCCCUUGGCCUGUAUGUACUUCCUGCUCCUGGCCAUCCUUGUUGGAGGCUUCUUGGUGGAACAUUGGGUCUAGAACCCUCUCCCGUGGCUCUCAGGCUAGACAGCCCAAGGCCCAACACCAGUUGGGAUAUGUGUCAGAGUGAGCACUUCCUCAGCCCCGUCCCCCACAAGGGACCCUUGAGAUCACAGCACAUCGCCCUCAUUUCUCUGUUGCAAAGACUGAAUCCAGGAGGGGCUGUGACCUGCCCGGGACCAUGGGCAGUUUAGGGUUGAGGUGGGCUUGGCACCUGGUGCUCCCUCUGUCUUCCUCAGGAACUAACGAGAACUGUCCUCCAGGCAGUGAGCAGGCUGUGCCCUGAGAGUGGCUUCAAGUUGCCAGGGUUCUGCUGCCUCUGAUGCGCAUGGCUCUGACAUGGGGAAGAGGCAAGCAGGAGGCUGAGCCAGGAGCGAGGGGUAGAAAGUGAUGGUGUGGAACAGGCUUCCGUCACAGUGCAGCCAUGAAGUGGAGUGAGCUCUCAGGCUGCAGAGGCAGUCAGGUAGAAGAGGAAGAGCUAAGAAGUGGGGAGCCCUGCUCCUCUGUUUGUCCCAAUCAUUUCAACACCCAGCCCUUGCUCUCCUAACUCACAGGGAGGGGGUGGAGUUCCUUGGCCAGGAAAGGAGGGCAAGGAUCCUUACUGCUGUGUACCAACACUGACCCUGCCCUUCUAGGCUACACUCUCUGCCCCUGUGACUCUGGCCUCUGCAGCCCCUGUAUAGAUAGAUCCACAGCUGGGCGUCCAAGGGGAGCACGGCCCUGGAACAGCAGACAACUGACUGCUUGGUCCCUGGCUCUUCCACCCAGCUUUAGGAUAUGUGGUGGCUUCUCUCUGCCUCAGUGUCCCUGUCUGUAAGGUGGGCAGUUGAUGAUUUGUGGCAUCUCAACCAAGGGCCCCUGUGUGUGUGUGUUUGUACACAUGUGUCUGUGUGUCUUCCCUUGUGUCCAUAUUUAACGUGUAAAAACAUCCCUACUUUGUCCCCAGAUGUGACCAUUUCACCCAUUGCCCCAUCACAGCAAUAAUGUCCCCGCCUCUGGGGAUCCGAGCCAGCCAGGCCCUGCUUGCAGGGAAGGAUGCCAAGCAGGGCCUGCCCUGACAUUUCCACUUUACUCCAUAGUCUCCUGCCCAAGUCUCCCCACGCUCCCGGCGAGCCUGAGCUUGUCCCCGAUUCUCCCUGCCUGGCUCCAGCUGCCCAAGGACCUUUGUGUAAGGUGGCCUCAACUGUCUGGGUUUUUUUUCUUUGUUUUUAACAGUGUUUUGUAGAUUUCAGAUGACUAUGCAGAGGCCUUGGGGACCCCCAGCUCUGAGUCGGGCCUGGGGAUCCCACAUUCCAUGGCCCAGGCUUGGGGGAAGGGGAUCCAGACUGGUUGUACAUACUUUGCAUACUGUCUGAUUAAACACAAACAGACCUCA